GUCGGUGUGUUAAAAAGGAACGGUAUAGCAUAGGAGUUGCUUCAAUUAAGAGAGUCAUAACGAAAAAGUGUAUGAUGUCUCGGAUAAAAGGAAGUUCUUGCUUUAAUAUGGGUCAUAUAUUUUGGACGAUCUGUUUCCUAGGGACAGUUCAUCUUUGUUUCUCCAUCGAGACCGAUUUCGAGGGGAACAGCAGGAUCAUCAAUAGGAGACCAGUCCGACAAACUCUUAGUACGACCCUCGAAGAUGCUCAGGAGUUUCUUCGUGUGUACAAUGAGGAAGGGUCACUUGCCCUCUCUACCGCUUACGGAGUGAUGUGGGAUUACGAGGCUAAUAUAACGGAUGAGAAUGCAGAGAAAAAUGCUGAGGCAUCGCUCAAGUUGGCUCUAUUUGACAAACGAUCGGCAAUUAAGGCCAAGGAAUUCGACAACGUCGUUGCUGAUUUCCCCGCCGAGGUCCAACGCCAGUUCAAGUUCAUUCGUGACAUCGGUAUAGCUGCACUCGACAACGAAACCAUCGAAGAGUAUGAUGGAAUUAUGGCAAAACUAACUGACAAUUUCAGUACGACCAAGAUAUGCAAGCCCGACAAUGAUUCGUACUGUCUCUAUUUAGAUCCUGGUCUCGAGUCCAUCUUGGCUUCGUCAAGAGACUGGGAAGAGAGAUUAUGGGCAUGGAAAGGUUUCCGCGAUGCAGUGGGAAUACCCAAUAAACCCCUCUACACAAAAUACGUCACACUUGCCAACCAAGGGGCGAGGGCAAGCGGGUACGAGGACCAAGGUCAUUAUUGGAGGGCCGAGUACGGUGAUGACAUCGAAGAAAAGGUUUAUGAGAUGUACAAUGACAUCUUGCCUCUUUACAAGCAACUUCAUGCAUAUGUGAGGAGAAGGCUUCAUGGGGUGUUCGGUGACAAUAUCGAUGUGAAUGGAGGGCAUCUUCCUGCUAACGUUCUUGGUGAUAUGUGGGGUCGUUUCUGGGACAAGAUGUAUCCCAUGGUUGUACCCUACCCGGAUCGCCCAAGUGUAGAUGUAACCGAGGCUAUGGUGGAAAAGGGUUACAAUGCUACGCAUAUUUUCCAUACGGCCAAUGAAUUCUUCACUUCGCUGGGCUUGAUUCCUGUGAAUGAAAAAUUCUGGGAAAACUCGAGGUUCACUCGACCCUCAGAUGGACGAGAAGUAACCUGCCACCCCUCAGCUUGGGACUUUUUCUAUAUGGAUGACUUCAGGAUCUUGAUGUGUACGGAGAUCACUAUGCAUCACUUCAUGAUCGCACAUCAUGAGAUGGGUCACAUCCAGUACUACCUCCAGUACAAGGAUCAGCCUCUACCACUCAGAGAUGGAGCCAAUGGUGCUUUCCAUGAGGCCAUCGGGGAAGUCAUGGCACUGUCCGUAUCGACACCAAAGCACCUCCAGGAAAUAGGGCUGUUUGAGGGUUUAGAUGAAGGGGACAUGGAAACCGAUAUAAACUUUCUUCUCAGGACGAGUUUGGCGUCCAUCGCGACUUUGCCAUUCAGUCUCGCGUUGUCGCAGUGGAGAUGGAACCUGAUGAGGGGAGAAUACGAUGUCGACAACUCUAUGGGACCUUGGUGGAAACUCAGAAACGAUCUCACAGGCGUAGAUGCACCAGUUGAACGUUCCGACGAUGAUUUCGACCCAGGAACGAUCAAUCAUAUUAUUAUUGAUUAUCCUUUUAUCGGGUACUUCAUUCGCACGAUCCUCCAGUUUCAGUUUUACCAAAGUCUUUGUCACGUGGCAAAUCACACUGGCCCUCUUCAUACAUGUGACUUCUACAAUUCUAAAGAAGCUGGACAGAAACUCGGUAACAUGCUAGCGAUGGGAAGGAGCAAGCCAUGGCCGGAUGCAAUGGAGGCCCUCACUGGUCAACGCGAGAUGAAAGCAGACGCCAUCUUGGAAUAUUUCCAGCCUCUCAUGGAAUGGCUAGAACGAACGAAUGCAGAAAACGGAGAGGUGAUCGGAUGGCCCACUUCCAAUGCAGCUGCAAGCGUGAAUUCAUCGAAGAGUAUCCUCUGUCUACUAGUUCUCCCCCUCUUGGCCUGGUUGCUGAUACAUCCACGGACUUGUUGAUUUACUGUUGUUAUCUUUUUUUAUCACGUCAAUCACAAUUAUAUGUGAUGACUGACACUCAUUAAUAAAUUGUAUAGCUUAUUUAGCCCAUUUUUAAUUUUAACUACUUUUCGUUAUGCAUGCUUCAAGUAUAAGUGAGUAACACUAUUUGAAAAGACGGUGCAAAAAAGUAAUUCAUUGUAUUCUGUUAAUUGUAACCUAUCCAUCUGUUAUUAUGCAGAGUUCCAGGUGUAGACAACCCACCCCCCCCCCUCCUCUCUAUCUAUUUCUCCCCCUCCCUCUCACUUCCCAGCCCCCCCCCCCCCUCGCUCCCCCCCCCCCCUCUCUCUCUCUCUCUCUGUCAAACGCACACAGACACACACUCACCCACACUUGUAUUCUCUUCUAUUCUCCGCAAUAUCCCUUUUUUCAACGUGCAAUUUUGGUAUUGUUUACGUUUAGGGAGGGAUUUCGUCAUAGAGCAAUUACAAAAUUUAUAACAAUUUAUAUCAGUUAUGAAAUAUAUAUAAAAGAAUAUUACUCUCCGUAUAUUGCUUGAUACGAUUAUAUAACUUUUGGUAGUAUAUGAAUUUGGAAUGAACAUUACGACGGACGCUUGUUUCUGUCAUAAAACAAAAUACUUGGAAAAUGUACUGUAUAAUGUAACUCAUAUAAUCUAAGGAAGUUUAUUUGCCGUAUGAAUGUUUUGUAUAUAGUAUACACUAAUAAAGAUGAAAGCAUUGUAUUGUGGGUAAUUAAUACAUGACAGUUGAUUAGUUCAAGAUUCGAGCUGUUCAAAUCCAAAGCAUAUUCAAGGUGACACUGACACCGUGCCUUUAAAAAGGUUUAUCAGUUAACCUUUUAAAGAAUCCUGUUCCUGUGAUAUUGAUGUAUUUUUUUCCUCCUCUAAUGCAACAUGUAGCGAAAUUCCUGUUUUUUAUCGGCUCUCUUCAGUUGACAUGCAUUCAUCAUUAUGCAACAUGUAACCGAAAUGUUUGACUAUUUCCGUAAAGUAUUGUCGGGAUUAAUGCAUGUAUCUUAAUAAACUCAAAUAAAGUGUACAGAAA